AUGCUGUUCGCUUUUCUUCUCAUGUGUGCAUCUGCAUCUGCAGUAAACGUGAUUAGAUCAAGGGCCGACGAUGCUGCUAUCAAGUAUUCAACCCUAGUAUCCGACUCAUUCAUUCAAAGGGGGGUAGCCAAGACGGCGCAAUACCCUCAGGCGGUGUUCUAUCGUGGCGUCGAAAUGGCAUAUAAUGCUACUGGAAACGCAACAUAUAUCAACUGGGUGAAAUCCCAAAUGGAUGCUGCCGUAUCCGCAAAUGGAUCAAUCCUUAGCUACCCAACAUAUCCCGCCUCCCUUGACGAUAUUCGAAUCGGGACCAUCAUACUUGACACCUGGGCUCGAACCCACGAAACUAGAUAUAAAGUUGCCGCCGAUAGACUGCGCCAACAAUUCAAUUACGGCCCACGAACAGCAUCGGGAGGUUUCUGGCAUCGUGCACCUACGUACCCGAAUCAGAUGUGGUUGGAUGGCAUUUUCAUGGCUGAUGUCUUUUAUGCUCAAUGGACUUCAUACUUUGAUGCUGCCAAUAUCACGGCGUGGGAUGAUAUCCUAUUGCAAUAUUUACUUAUUGAACAACAUUGCCGCAACCAUACGACCAACCUCAUCGUCCACGGUUACGAUGAAAGUAAAACACAAGUAUGGGCUGAUCCCGUGACGGGUGCAUCGCCUAAUGUAUGGAAUCGAGCAUUAGGAUGGUAUCUGAUGGCACUUGUCGAUGUUCUUGACUUCUUCCCAAAAUCACAUCCUGGGUAUGCACAACUUCUGAAUUGGUUUGUCACAGCAUCAGCAGGUGUAGCAGCCGCCCAAGAUACCACGGGUGGCUGGUGGUUAGUGAUGAACGAACCAUAUCCAGGCAAGCCGAGAAAUUAUAUCGAGUCUAGCGCUUCAUCAAUGUUCGUCUAUGCGAUACUGAAGGGUGUUAGAAAGGGGUAUUUGGGACGCCAAUAUAUAGCACCCAUGAAGAAGGGAUAUGAGUAUAUUGCCGAGAAUUUCGUUGCGUUUAAUGGAACGAAUGGAACGGUGAACUGGGAGGGUACGGUUUUGGUGGGUAGUUUGGGAUCGAAUGCUUCAUUUGAGUAUUAUACCUCGAUAGCGGUUGAUGAGAAUGAUAUGAAGGGAGCGGGGCCGUUUGUUUAUGCUAGUGUGGAGUAUGAGCAGUUGGCAGCAUACUGA